AUGCUUUUAAUCCAGCACUACGAAAGAUUCCCUGAACUUUGUAAUGUAGCAUUGAAAGAGUACAGGGACAAAGAAAAGAAAGCGGUUGCUGUAAAAGAAAUAUCAGAGCUUUUAAAUGUUAGUGAGGCUGAAAUAGCGAGAAAGUGGCACAAUCUGCGGUGCCAAAUGAACAAUGAAAUAAGGAAAAUGAAAGUAAAGAAGAGUGGCAUGAGUGCAGAUGAUGUACUGGUGAAAAGCAAAUGGGAAUAUUUUGACGCUCUUCACUUCAUGAUUGGAUGUGUGAAACCCCAAGAAACUACUGUUACAAACAUGAUAUCCAUUGCAGCCAACGUCAAUGUACAGGAAUCUAUAACUCUAUCAAAGCAACUUCUAAAUCCUGAUGUCACUCCUGGUAUAUCUGGUGUAGAAAAUACUAAAGAAAAAUGUUCUAAGAAAUCCAAACACACUGAAGAAGAGAAUGCAUUGAAAAAUGCCAUAGGUAUAUUGAAUAAGCCACAAGAUGAUGAUUCGAUGUUUGGAGAAUAUGUUGCAUCCGAACUGCGUCAAUUACGUUCCAUCGAAAAUAGGAAAAGACUGAAACGUACGAUCAAGAAAGCAAUAAUAGAAAUUGGAUAA